AAAACCAAAACCUUAGUAUCAUAUUUUCACAAGAAAAAUGAGUUCCAAAGUGCUUCUUCUUGUUGGCCUUUUCUUAGCUAUGGCUCUUCUGAUUUCUUCAGAAGUAGCUUCAGCCAAAGAGCUUGAUUCUGUUGAUCCGUCUGAUGGCCGCGGCGGAUACAAUGGUGGCGGACACGGUGGAGGAGGUCACGGAGGAGGCCAUGGUGGCGGUGGCGGUGGAGGAGGCCACGGAGGCCAUGGAGGAGGACACGGAGGCGGUGGAGGAGGUCACGGAGGCGGUGGAGGAGGUCACGGCGGUGGCCAUGGAGGGAAUUACUGAAGAUGAGACUCAGAACUAAGCAGUUACUAGUGUGUGUCUAACAUGUGAUGAAUAAAAUGCUAUGGGUGUAGUUUGAGGCUCAUGUUCAUCUACUUCUAUUGUGUACUCUUGUUAAUUACUUUUAAUUAAAAAAAACACAUGAUGGUUAUGAUUAAA